CAUAGAUCACAUCCGGGGCUGGUUUAUUCUAAUAACGAAACGUCCUACCCGGAAAAAAGACAAGUCUUCUGUAAUCCGAUCACACAAACAAAUAGGCGAGAGUGUGACAGGGUGAUGCACGCCGGCUUUGUAUAUGUCUGCCGUUUGUAAAAGUUGUUAAAAAAAAACUUUUGUCUGCCAUGCGCGUAUUCACCAAACUCGGAUCUCUCCUCUCUGCUUCGUAGCCGUGCGGGGCGCUGGCUGUGGCGCACACUGUCUCUCCCACAGCGGUGAUAUGUGAUAGCAGCAGCAGCAGCAGCAGCAGCAGCAGCAUGCCGUACGUGGACCGGCUGAACCGUGUUUGUGGCUUCCUGGACAUCGAGGAGAAGGAGAACAGCUGCCGCUUCCAGAGACGAUAUUUCAUCCUCGACACGCAGGGAAAUGCAUUGCUGUGGUACAUGGACAACCCCCAGAACCUGCCCAGCGGAGCCAGUUUUGUUGGCAGCCUGAAACUAACCUACAUCUCUAAGGUGAGCGAAGCCACAGCGAAGCAGAAGCCCAAGACAGAAUUCUGUUUUGUCAUCAAUGCAGUUUCCCGGCGGUACUUCCUCCAAGCCAACGAUGUGACUGACAUGAGGGACUGGGUGGCUGCCCUCAACAAGGCCAGCAAGAUCACAGUUCCUAAACCCGGCCCUGCGCCUCCAAGGUCUGAUGUGACCGCAGUGAUCAGCGACACUCAGGGAGGGAAGAGGCAGCAGGCCUACAAAACCGAGAUCAUAGGUGGCGUGGUGGUGCACACUCCCAUCCAGAAUGAGAAUGAAGAGACAGAAGGGAGGGAGAGGAAAGGCAACAGGCCGGGUGUGCUGAGAUGUGGUUACUGUGUGAAACAGGGAAAUGUGAGAAAAAGUUGGAAGAGGCGGUUUUUCACUCUGGAUGACAACACAGUCAGUUACUACAAGUCUGAGAUGGAUAAGGAGCCUCUCCGAGCUAUUCCGCUUAGGGACAUACAGAAGGUCCACGAAUGUCUCGUCAAGUCGGGGGAUCUCCUGCUGAGAGACAACCUGUUUGAGAUCAUCACCAGCUCCCGGACUUUCUACAUUCAGACAGACUCUCCAGAGGAGAUGCAUUGUUGGAUCAGGGACAUUGAGAUGAAGAUCCAGGACUUCAGAGGCCCUAAGAAUUUCCCAUUUAAACGUGCAUCUUCUCUCUAUCGGAGUCACAACUCCUCCUCCGCAUCUCGUGCUCAGCAGAGCGACGACCGCAGACCCCCGCUGGUCAAGUCCUGCUCCGUGGCCCCGGGCUGGCAGCCCUGGACGCCCGUCCCGCCGUGCGAGCCCUCCAUCCUGGACGCAGAGGACGAGGACAGCGCUUUCAGCUCCGUACCCACCCUGCCUUCUCUCUCCUCCUCCUCCACCUCUUCCUCCACCUCCUCCUCCUCCAACUCCCUCUCCACCCCGACCCCGUGCCCCAGCGCGAACCCUGCACCUUCGACCAGCGGGCUGGGGAUCCUCACAGCAUCGGGAGACGUGGCCAGCGGGCGUCGGAGGCACCGCUCUCAGCCUCAGCCUCACACGGGCUGCAGCUUCCCCUUCAGCCUGGAUGACGACAGCAUCCGCACCACAGACGUCUAGUUCAACUGGAGUCUGUCCAGACUCCUGUGUGUGGACUAAAGUGUUGGUACCUGCUUUAAAAUGAAUGUGACUGGUAAUAAUAGUAUUCCCUGCUAAUGAAGUGACACUGUGACCUUCUGCCUCAGUGGCAUGAUAUGAAACUGGGGCCCCCUGCUGGUCUUGUAGCUGCAUUGCAGACGAAGGACGACCCAGCUGGAAGGAGACCGAGAGGCACAGUGUUUGUUGUUCACAGGACUGUGAAAAGGUAUGAUGGAGUGUUUUUAGUGCAACUUCCUCUGAAAACUUGAAUAAUCUUGUUGUUAAUUGUUCCUACAGACUUACAAAUUACGGCACAUGCUUUCAAUCUGUGGCACUUGGCUCCCGUCGGACAUGUAUCACUGUGUUUUCACCCCUGCUACAAGUAUUCACAAAGGAGUGUUUAAAGGCAUUUUAACACAUUAGUAUCCAUAUGCUUUAUAUUCAAGCUUAUGUUCACCACAUACUUUUAAGUAAUUUGGACAUUUUUAUUUUCCUGUGGAGCCGAGCAGUGUUUUUCCCUCUUUAAUCCUGAGACACACAUUAUAUGAAAAGCCUCACCUCAACUUAUCUUCAUUAAUAAGUAACAAGCAUUUAUUACUACAAUCUAAUUGGGCAUCUGGGGGAACAUGUCCUGAAGGCCUCAUAAAAAAAGGUACCCGCACACACAUGCCAACUGACUCUGUUGUUGUGUUUUAUCUGUAUAGACAGAGAAGAUGGAGUCAACAGCAGCUUUUUUGUGUUCGCACUAUGUAUUUUAACUUCCUACUCUUUUAACACUUGGCUUAAAGAUCAAUCUUCAGUAAACUGUGACUCCACUCUUAGCUUUUAAUAUGAUACCAUAACAACACGGUGCAGUGUUUUCAUGGUACUUAUCAUAGAAUGUACUGCCAAUAUCAGAGUACAGCUGAUCAGCUGUUUGACAGAUUUGUUAAAUGUGAUUUUUUUUUUUUUUUUUUUUUUUUUAUUGCAGCAUUAUGUGGAAAAAUGUGCCACUACUUUUGGUAAUUUAAAUGAAAUUCCGCACUUUGCUUUUCUCUUUUUUACUCAUGUGCGUGUUUUUGUUUUUUUUUUAUGUUUGUCACAGCUUUCACAGCAGAUAUAUCAGCUUCCUCUGAGAAGAUGCCUAUGAUAGUUUGUGUUGUUACACCAGUAGUCUCAACCCCUCUCAGGUUCACCUCAAGACUUCAUUGAUGUGGUACCAUGUUCCAUGCCUGUUUCCGUUUCUGAAGCUGUGUGCACUCGUCUGCCUGCGCAUAUUGUUAAUUUUCCUUCUUGUACAUUAAAUGAUGCUUUUUA